GAGACUGAGAGGGGGAGAGAGAGAGGGAGAGAGCCGCGCCAGCGCAGAGAGGCACGGAGACGAAGCAGAGAGCGCAAAGGCUUCGAUAUCUGGGGGGGAAAUUAAAACAACUUGCAAAAAAAUUUUUGAAAAAAAAAAAACGGCCAAAAAACAACAAAGCCAAAAAACAAACAAAAUCGGGACAUAGCGGUGGGAAAAUUUGACCGAUCUUUCGCUUUUUUUUCCCCGCACGGACAUAAAAUGAAAGGGUUACCUGGCUGCAUGUUGGAUUUUAAAUCUUAUAUUACACCGCUGCGGCGUUGACUUCAGAGUUGCGCAGGCAGAGUCUGUAUGAGUUGUCUGUUGGAGGAAUUUUAGACACUCCGGAUCAAACUUGAGUUGGACAUCCAGGAACCAGUCAGGGAGUAAGCUAAACCACCUACCCACUGCUCUCACUGCAUGCAGGACACUUAAACACCACUACAACCAUGGAUGAGGAACAAUGCUACUAUAAUGAGAGCAUCACCUUUUUCUACAACCGCAGCGACAAGCCUCUUGCUAACGACUGGGACACCUACAGCCGGUUGGUGAUGGGCCUUGGCAUCACUGUGUGCAUUUUCAUCAUGCUCGCCAACCUUCUGGUAAUGAUCGCCAUCUACGUCAACAGGAGAUUCCACUUCCCCAUUUACUACCUGAUGGCUAACCUGGCAGCUGCUGACUUCUUUGCUGGAUUGGCAUACUUCUACUUGAUGUUCAACACGGGACCAAACACAAAACGUCUGACUGUUUCAACAUGGCUGCUGCGUCAGGGCUUGAUUGACACCAGCCUUACUGCAUCUGUAGCCAACCUGCUUGCCAUCGCCAUUGAACGCCACAUCACCGUGUUCCGCAUGCAGUUACACACACGCAUGAGCAACCGGCGCGUGGUGGUUGUGAUUGUCAUUAUCUGGACUAUGUCCAUAGUCAUGGGGGCGAUACCCAGCGUAGGUUGGAACUGUAUCUGUAGCAUUAAGUCUUGCUCCAACAUGGCACCUCUCUACAGCAACUCUUACUUGGUCUUCUGGGCAGUGUUUAAUCUUGUGACUUUUGUUGUCAUGGUGACACUAUAUGCCCACAUCUUUGUGUAUGUGAGGCAGAGAACCAUGAGGAUGUCACGGCACAGCUCUGGACCACGACGCAACCGAGAUACCAUGAUGUCUCUUCUGAAGACUGUGGUCAUUGUGUUGGGUGCGUUCAUCAUUUGCUGGACCCCUGGUUUGGUCAUCCUCCUCCUUGAUGUUUUCUGCGCUAGCUGCAAUGUCUUGACCUACGAAAAGUUCUUCCUGCUACUCGCCGAGUUCAACUCUGCCAUGAAUCCCAUCAUCUACUCCUACCGUGACAAGGAGAUGAGCGCAACCUUCAGGCAGAUCUUGUGCUGCCAGAGGCAGGAGAAUGUGAAUGGGACGGCAGCAGAGGGAUCCGACCGAUCUGCAUCUUCCAUCAAUCACACGGUGCUGACUGGCAGCACCAUGCACCACCAUCACCACCACAAUGAACAUUCGGUGGUAUAAAAAAAAAAGAAAGAAAAAAGAAAAAGCCCAGUGUCUUGGAUAUGAAUCCAUCUUGAAGGGAUUAUUCUCUACAGGAGAUACAGACUGAGAGAAGGUAAAUGAGUGUAUGUCAAGAAGAAUAUGGCAACUAGAAUGAAAGCUGAAAAGACUCAAGCUGUCUGAAGACAGAGCUGAAGAGAACUCUGAUAGGCUGUUAUUAUUUUGUUUUGUUAAUUUCCAUUUGUGUUAAAUGUGUUGUCACAGGUAAAGAUGAUAUGAACUAUUUAAAAUCUGUGAAGUAGAGUAUUGCCAGUAUAGUCCAUCCUCUUUAUCCAGUCUUUCUAACUUUAUGCCUGGUAGGUUUGUACUAUUACUCGUCUAGAGCCCCAUCAUUAUGAAAAGUAUCAAACUUAACACUCUACAUUUAUGUUAUUGUUGGUUGCUGACUCACCUGAUCCCAGAUUUACAACAUAGUGUUUUUGAUUUUCAUCUCCAUUUGUCGGGCAGAAGCUUUAACUUUAAAUGGAUGUGGUGUAGGCUCAAUGCAGGAUAUUGUUACCAAUGUUAUAUGUAUUUCAAAAGAUGUCAUCCAAAGUGAAAUCCUGCCUAUAUUCACUUGUUUUCCAUGUUUUGCAAUCUACCAAAACCCUGUGACACUGUUUCAUCCAUGAAUUCAACACAGUAUUUUAAUAACCUCAAACAUUAUCAUUUUCUGCUGUAGAGUUGUCAUCUAUUGUUUAGCAGCAAGUAAGUUACAAAGUACAACCAGAUUUUUUUUUUAUUCUAUUCUACCGAUCCUCUUUUAUGAACACGCUCUUGUGAAUCCAUUAAAUUGGGUUUUUGCUUCCAUUCAGUUUAAAUAAAGUAAGGAUCCAAUGUUUGCUACAAAUCCUGGAUUGUUUACUCCCUCUAAGGAUUUAAAGGCAGGCUGUUCCAGGGAAAAGAGUAGGAGGAGGACAGUUAUGUGAAGACAGGAUGAGAGUCAUGUUUGGUGCACUUUCAGAGACUUCAUAUUAUGACACCAAAUGUGCUGAGCAGACUGCCUCUCAGUGUUUUCCUUGGUCCCUGAUGCUGACCUCGGGAGGGAAAAGGGAGAAUUGUGGAAGUGAAUGUGAAAGUAUCGCCUGAGUUAGUACCAAAUUGCUUUGUGGUACCUUGAGAAUGGGUUAUUUAACAGAACAACUUAAAAUUAAAAAAGAAAAUCAAAACUUUUGACUGAAAACCCUUCUCCCACUCUAUUUUUACCAGCUUUCAUGAACUAAUGAUGAUACGUGAGCAUUUACCUACCUCACUUCUGGUGUAGCCAUGCUAGCCACUGUGUCAGGCAGGGCUCUAGGCACAACAAUGCUGUUGGGAUGGCUAAUGACUCACAACAUAACCUUGAUUAGCAGCAAGCUGUGCAGUUUGUGGUGUCAAAUUCCUCAAAGGUGUACACUUUUAAGGCAGUUUGUAAUUUGUCGGUGGUACACAGUGAAAGCUAGCCAAAAGCAGUGCUCUUGAGUUUAGUUUAGUUUUUGUGUUUUUCACCUCCAUUAGAAAAUACACAUUUUUCUUUUAAAAAUAAAGAAUUUGAAUUAAUUGUUCAGAGAAUUCUUGAACUAAAACCCCACAGACACAGAAAUGCAUUAAGCCUUAGCAAAUGCUGCAGUUGUUUAACAAAAUCUGAAUGACCAGCAUAGAGUUUUACUUGCCGUAACACUGGUAUCAGUGAUAUGAAGUAAGCAGAUAUCCAACCAAAACAUGUUUUAUUUUGUGUCUCUGUCAGAGAGAUAGUUGACGCUUACAUUAAAAGUAUUAUUUGGUAGCUUAUUUUGAUUUUUAUGACAGCAAUGACAAAUUAAAGUCUAUUCUUAUCUUCCCGCCUUAGGGUGCCUUUACAACUGACUCACUUAUGAGCCAGUGCAGUUCGAAUGGUGUAAUAUUUCCACAAGUGCUCUCAUUAACUUGCGAUUUUGUGCCAGCUGAAAUCCAGCAUGGCAAUGCUAUGAUGCACAUUGUUAAAAAUUGCAAACUGAAUGUUUUAAAUCAAAACCCAUUUUGGCCAAAAUACAUAGACAAACCUCCCAAAAACCGACAGCAAAGUGAGAAUCACUGCCAAAAGUACAGUCAAACGUUUUCCAGGAAACCAGAUGUUUUUCAGGAAUUUCAGCUGCAGAGUUAACAUUAAGUCACCAGGUAUCUUUGCCCAGAUGUUUGGCCUAUUAAUCAGGCAAUUUAUGUUGUGAUAUACAGACAAAAAAAAAUUUCACCAUCACUCUGCAACACUUGCAUACAUUUUUGAUGCAUGUGUGAGAUAAAGGACUGUGGUCUAGGGCACCUUAGUCAUCACUUUUAUUAGUCAUUUCCUUCCUGUGCCAGUGCUUUUUUAAAUCUCUAGCAGUACUUCUACUUGAGACAAAAUGAGAGAAAUAUUCCAAGGAACCAAUCCCCCAUAGCAAACUUGUUGUAUUAAAUUUGUCCAGCUUUCACACUUUAAUGUCAUAAAAAUCUUGACCAGAUUUUGUCAAUAUAUGGCUCUGGACCCAACACUCCAUAUUUGAAAUUCACUGUAACAUUUCUUUUAAGUAUUAAUUUAGGUUAUUAUAUCAAACCAACUAAACAUUCAGUGUCUUUGUUUACUAGUGUGUCAGUCUUUGUGUACCUUUGUAAGUAUGUGUGUACAAUAUGUAUAUAUAAAAUAUAUUAUGCAAAGUUAAUCACCAAAGGGAAACAUGUUUUGUGUCUGUAAAUUUCACUGUGUUAUACUCUGUCCAGAUGUACUGUAGGGUUGUUUGUAUGUUUUUUUUUAAAAUGCCAUUUGUAUUGUGAUCCUAAAUAAUGACUUUCCCAUAAACACUAUUACAGCAACAUUAACUUGUUUGUGAUGCAAAAUUCAAUAUCUAUGAGUGCAGUGCUUUUCAGUUCCUGUCCAUAAAAAGUCAAUUAACACCAGAAAAGCAGUGAUUCGCCCUCUUCUGGUUGAAAGAUUUUAGCUUAGAACAUGUCCAAUCAUACCCAGAAGUGUUUAGCCACAACCACACCCAUCAGUGUUGUCUGUAUGCACUUGUACAACACUGCAGUAGUGAGAAGGAUAAAAAAAAAAUGAGCGGCGUUAUGUUACUUUUUAAGCUUGCUAAUACACCAGACCUGCAUAUGUUCCAGAAGGACAGAGUGUAAAAUUUAGUGGCAUCUAGAGGUCAAGUCGAAGCAUGCAGUUAACACAGCUUGUGGCUAACAACCUACCAAAUUAAAAGUUGUUAGCCAAUGUAGAAAUGCAAGUAUCAGUAUGGAUACAAUGCCUGCCCUCUUUUAUGCCAGUGUUUAGUUAUAUGUAUG